AUUCCAUUCUCGAUCUUGCCUCGAAAGCGGCGGCAGCAGCAGAGUUGCUUCGCAUUCGGAGCCGAAGGCAUAGCGAAGGUUUCAACUCGUCUUGUCCAUGCGCAAGCGUAUCUUUUAAAAAUACAUUCGGCUUUUGUCCCGCGAAUGUUGCGGACUUCGGGCGCGCUGUGUUUGUGCUCCGGUGAAGUGGAAUGAAAUAAAAAAAAUUAACUUGGACUAAGUGUUUUGUUACUCGAGGAAAACCAAUUUUUAGCAUCACUACUACUAACUAGCAGAAAAUGGAACUUAAAACGGUGGCAUUUAUUUUUAUACUUCUAUAUACCGUACACGGCAAACCUACAGAUUCUACUCAGGACUCCUACGAUUACCUCCAGAACGACAACUACGAGGACGAAAAUGAGCAACCGGCAGAGUACGAAGAAGAAGAGAAAGACGAUGUUAAUGAAGAAAACAAUAAGCCACUAGUAAUAACCACCUUGGGGCAAGAGUUUACGGCUAAUUUGAGUGCCACGAUUGUCUUACCGUGUACCAUUGUUGGAAAAAAUUUCGUCCGAAUUUGGCGAAAGAAGAGAGUAACCGACCAAAAUUCGGAAAAGAAGGGACCCAUCCUGUUUCAAUCUGGAAUGACAGUCGCACCUUCGCCCAACAUGAAACUCCUCGAAGACGGUUCGCUUGAAAUAUCAAACAUCCACCCCCAAGACGAGGGUGUUUACGAAUGUGCCGCCAUGGACACGGCCAACAACAGCCCCAAAAUCUACCACAAAGUUACAGUGACCGUUCAACCCACUAUCGAUUUUCUUAUGACCAAAAAUAACAGAACUAGUUUCAAAAGCGGAGACACUUUGGAAUUGACUUGCAAAGCCCACGGCCACCCCAAACCUGUGAUUUCGUGGCACAAAGGCUCCAAAAGGUUCGAAAUCGAAGGUGAAACCUUGACGAUCAACAACAUCAAGCAUCACGACGCUGGAACUUACAAAUGCUUGGCUGAUAACAAAAUCGGAGAGCCAGCCUUCAGUCACAUAAACAUUAAAGUCGAUUUCAAGCCGGUCAUAACCGUCGAGAGGAUUAGCGUAAGUUCCGAAAACAACUCUGAGACUGAAUUACAGUGCCUGGUCCACUCGGAACCCAAAGCUGCCGUAGUCUGGAUCAAAGACAACGGGAAUAUCGUUAGCAGCCCCCGAGUCCAAAUAGUUUCCAAAGACCACGAAUAUAACCUAGUUUUGAAAGACUUGCGCGACUCUGAUUUCGGUGUUUACACUUGUUCAGCGACCAAUUAUCUCGGAAACACGAAAAAACAUAUCAAGUUGGUCAAAACUCCGGCAAUUGUCCGCAUUACCAAGUCGAGGACGGAAGCCAACGAAGUUGUUUUGACCUGGGAGGUGCAGUCGAAAUCUAAUCUGUCCGACCAUGAGUUCGUGUACAGGAAAAAAGGGGAGCAAAAAUGGAAGAGGAUUUAUCCAGAAGUGGCUCCGAUGGGCGAUGAGCAUUAUUCCGUGAAAUAUACUUUCGAGAAAAAUCUCGAUCCUGGGGAUUAUGAGACCAAGAUGCGGUCGGCAAAUGCUUACGGUUGGUCGGAGUAUUCCGACGUUGUCGACUUCCAGAAAGUUCAUAAUAAACACGGACACCACAAAGAUCAGAAAAAAGGUCAUAAACACGGAAAAGAAAGACAAAUAACUACACCCACACCUCCCACAGAACCCGCAGAACACCAAGAAAGCGAAAUUAAAAGUGGAUCUGUUAAAGACUCGUCGAAAUCAGUUACUGAGUCAUCGGCUUCUUCCGUUACUCCAACUGCGCUAAUGACUAGCAUAGCCUUAAUUACCUUCCUACAAUCACUGAGGAUAUAAUACACGAGAGCUUGUGUAAUGGAGGAACUUAUCAGCGCACUUACUGGUAGCUUAAAAAGUUAAACCAAAGUAUUUAAAGUAAUUUUAAGUAAAUUAUAAAACAGUUGAUUUAUUCUUGUAUACUUACCUUUACUUACUGUAAAUUCAGUAACUGUACAUACGUUUUGUACGAUUUAUUGUGUUCAUUUUAGUUGUCGUAUCUCAUGAGUGCUUCUUUGCAACGUAUUUUUUUGUGAAUUUUCUUCCCUGUGUUGUUGAACUGCCUACUCGACAAUCUCUAAAGCCAUAGGACGCCACUGAUAUUCGUAACAAGCCGAAAUCAAAAAGUUGGCAACGACUAACUUUAAAAAUUUGAUAACUUUAAGUUACCUGUACCUAAUUAACGCUUAGGUCGAAUUGGUCAGUAUUCAAAAAUAAAAGCACAAAUCUGAAGCUAUUUUUUUUGGAAAAAGUUUAAAUUUUAUUAUUUUUGAACGAUAAAUACUUACAUUCCUGUUAUCGCACCCCGUUUUUUUACUGUUUUGUAGAAUUUUUCCCGACGAUGAAAUUACUUGUUUAAACUUUUUUCAAAAAUAGUUCACGAAAUUUUUAGUUGUCUAGUCUAAUCAACUGACUAUUUUAUGUUCAUGUUUCAUAAUCAUUUGACCAAAUUUAGCUCAACUUCGUCACACAAACCGCCUUUCAUAAUAAUUGGCGUAGUUGGGUUGAAUUUUUUAUACAUUUUUAGUUAAGUUUUAGGCAUAAUAAUUAUUGUAAAUACUGUGUGUGAUGUGAACAUGUAUUUAUAAUGACUCUUGUUCUAUUUUUUAUUAUAUUUUUCUAAAAACCAUAAUGCCUAAAGUUCCCUGAACAUUUAACAAUUUUUUUUUGUAUUUGUCGUUGUUUUACUUUGCAAAUUGUAAUAUGGGGAACUAGUAAAUGCCUUACAUUAGAGCAAAGUGUUUAUAUAAACUAAAAAUUGUUGCUUAUUAUUUCGAUUGUUACAGGGGUUUAUAAAUAGAUCAAUUGCAAGGUGGACUAAAUGCAAAUUCAAUCUGUUUCAGCAUAUCAGGAGUUUUUGGAAAUUUUACAGUAGAUAGAACGGAUUGGUCUAUUGGCUCUUUGUAAUGUUAAUGUAAAUGAAUGUAUAGAUUAAAAAUUGAACAAAACA